AUGAACAUCCGCCGUGCUCGGCCAGAUGACCUGAUGAACAUGCAACACUGCAACCUCCUUUGCCUUCCUGAGAACUACCAGAUGAAGUACUAUUUCUAUCAUGGCCUCUCUUGGCCCCAACUCUCCUACAUUGCUGAGGAUGAAGAUGGGAAGAUUGUGGGUUAUGUCCUUGCCAAAAUGGAAGAGGAUCCUGAUGAUGUCCCUCAUGGACACAUCACUUCACUGGCUGUGAAACGCUCCCACCGGCGCCUUGGCCUGGCCCAGAAGCUGAUGGAUCAGGCCUCACGGGCUAUGAUUGAGAACUUCAGUGCCAAGUAUGUGUCCCUGCAUGUCAGGAAGAGCAACCGAGCAGCCCUGCACCUGUAUUCCAACACCCUGAACUUCCAGGUUAGUGAGGUGGAGCCCAAGUACUAUGCAGAUGGAGAAGAUGCGUACGCUAUGAAGAGAGACCUCUCACAGAUGGCAGAUGAGCUGAGACGCCAGAUGGUGCUGAAGAAGAGCAAAUACGUGUUGCUGGGUUCCAGAGAGAACCAGGAGAACCAGGGCAGCACACUCCCUGGUUCUGAAGGAGCUUGUCAGCAGGAGAACCUGGGUGGAGAUGACAGCGGCAGUGACAGCAAGGACAGCUUGCAGGGCUUGGACCCUACUGCCUAGGCCCUGCUUGAGCAUUACAGGUCCUCGUAUUUUAGCCACAUUUUUUCGUGGGAACCCUGUGCUUGCUGUGAUCUGCACUACGUGCUCUAGGGUCAUCUCACAGUGACCCCAGUGCCUUCUCAUUUUCGUGCUUAGCAGCAGCCUUCCACAUAAAACUAACCUAUGUGAUCAUGACGGGACAUCUGCACACAGGACCUGCUGUGCAGGAGCCGGGGAAGCUUGAGGACUGCCACGGCAGCACCUUUCUUGGCUUCUAUGCUGCCCUCGUACCCUGUUUACUACUGCACUGAUUGUGUGUAUCUUGCAGGUUUCCUCCUUGAAUGCCAAGCAGGAAGUGGGGACAAUUCAAGAAGAUCCCCAGCUUUCAGCAUUUGCCAUUAUUUUCUGGGUUUUAUUUCUUGGAAUAGGCAGGACAAUCAAGUUAGUUCUUAUGCCCUUAGCCCCUAUCUGGUGGAAAUUGCUUACCCUUGCUUUCUCUGGAAACUGCCUUUGCCCUGCCCUGCCUUCCCUCUUUUUGAAGAAGAAUGUUCCCUUUCCCAGUGGGAGAAGGUGGUAGGUAUUGGACUUCCACGAAAGCAUAAUUUGGAGAUCUUAAGGAAAGGACAAGCAGAAAUUAAAUUGCAAUCUAACCUGAAAAAAUAAAAAUAUUAAAAAAGGA